GUUAAUUUACAUUCUUUAAUCUAACUUUGAAAUUCUUAAAUAUUAAAAGUUUUAUCAACAAAAGCUACUAAUUGACCUUUAAGUGCAGUGAAUAUUAACGACAUAAACGACAUGUGUUGUGUUUUGAAAUAUGUUUGUGUAAAGCAAAAGAAUCAAAAAUAAAAUAAAAAAAAAAUGCUUUUUCUGAUGAAAAACUGUUCUGUUAAUAUUCUACUCUCCUUGAUUGUCUUAAAAACAUUAAGAAAACCUUUAUUAAGAAAACCUUUAUUAGUCCCACAAUGGGGAAAUUGCAAUAUGCAACAGCGCAUGUACAGAAAUAGGUGAGAGGAUAAAAAUAAAAUAAAAUAAAAUAAACAUUAUAAAGAGCUAAGACGAUGGGAUACCCUUAAAUUAUAAAGGUAAUGAAGGUAUUAUUUUUUAUAUAAUAGAAAUUAUUAGUAUAACAGAAAUGAUCAAAAUUACUUUGAAAAAAAAAAAAAUAAAUAAGAAAAGUCUAUAAAAGUCUGGAGUGAACCAGAACAGUCUGUCAUUCACUUGAUAGUUGUAGAAAAGUCGAGAGAUAUCUAGAACAACUCAAAUCUCGCGAUAACACCAAACGAGAAGUUAGUAAAAUCCAGUUGAUGCCUAGCGCUUGUCAGCAUUGACCAAAGACACCGGCACUAGACAUCGGUGGGGAUUAUGAAAACUUCACUUUAACAUCGCGCUGAUAGACAACUUUAUCUUUCUAUAGAGUUUUUUUCAUUUGUGUCACUAGAAAUAUAUUUUUUUUCUUUGAGAAGGUGCACCGAAGACAAGAACUGAAAAGAUGUCAGUGGUGGGAUUUGACUUAGGAUAUCAAAGCUGCUAUGUUGCUGUUGCCCGAGCUGGAGGAAUUGAAACAGUCGCCAACGAAUACAGUGACAGAUGUACACCGUCAUUUGUAUCAUUUGGGCCUCGAAAUCGAUCUAUUGGAGCUGCUGCUAAAAGUCAGGCGGUGACCAACUACAAAAACACCGUUCAGGGCUUCAAGCGCUUCCAUGGCCGGGCUUUCUCAGAUCCCUACGUUCAGUCAACCAAGUCUAACUUGGUAUAUGAUCUGGCACAGAUGCCCUCCGGAUCCACCGGUUUAAAAGUGAUGUACAUGGAAGAAGAGAAGCUUUUCAGUGUUGAGCAGGUGACGGCUAUGCUGCUCACCAAACUGAAGGAGACUGCAGAGAGCGCGCUGAAGAAACAGGUCAUCGACUGUGUCAUCUCUGUUCCUAGCUAUUUUACUGAUGCAGAGAGGAGGUCUGUGAUGGAUGCCGCACAGAUUGCCGGCCUUAACUGUCUACGACUAAUGAACGACACGACUGCAGUGACUCUGGCUUACGGAAUCUACAAGCAGGAUCUGCCCGCUCCAGAGGAGAAGCCCCGGACGGUGGUGUUUGUGGAUUUGGGCCACUCUGGUUACCAGGUGUCAGUUUGUGCCUUCAACAAAGGAAAGCUCAAAAUCUUGGCGACGGCGUUUGAUUCUGACCUUGGUGGGAAGGACUUUGAUGACAUCCUGGUAAAUCACUUCUGUGAGGAGUUUGCAAAGAAGUACAAGCUGGAUGUGAGGUCCAAGCCUCGGGCUUUGGGGCGCCUCUACCAAGAGUGUGAGAAGCUGAAGAAGCUGAUGAGUGCCAACUCCUCUGAUCUGCCCCUCAACAUCGAGUGCUUCAUGAACGACAUUGACGUUUCCAGCAAGCUAAACAGGGGUCAGUUUGAGGAGAUGUGUGCAGGACUACUGGCCAAAGUUGAGGGUCCUCUGCGUAGCGUUUUGGAGCAAACAAAGUUGAAAAAAGAAGACAUUUAUUCUGUAGAGAUAGUGGGAGGAGCCUCCAGAAUCCCCGCCAUCAAAGAGCGAAUCAGUAAAUUCUUUGGCAAAGAGCUGAGCACCACCUUGAACGCAGACGAGGCCGUGGCCAGAGGCUGUGCCCUGCAGUGUGCGAUCCUGUCACCAGCUUUCAAAGUCAGAGAGUUCUCCAUCACAGAUGUCGUGCCAUACUCCAUUUCCCUGAAGUGGAAUUCAGCGGCCGAUGACGGGCUGAGUGAUUGUGAGGUUUUCCCAAAGAACCACGCAGCUCCGUUCUCAAAGGUUCUGACCUUCUAUCGCAGCGAGCCCUUCACCCUCGAAGCUUAUUACAACAAUGUGAAGGAGAUACCCUGCCCAGAUGCUAGUAUAGGCCAGUUUUUGAUCCAAAAUGUGGUCCCGCAGGCGACGGGCGAGAGCGCCAAAGUGAAGGUGAAAGUGCGCGUCAACAUUCACGGCGUUUUCAGCGUGUCGAGCGCCUCGCUGGUGGAGGUCGUGAAAGCAGUCGAAGGGGAGGAGCCGAUGGAAACGGACCAAAUCGUGAAAGAAGACGAGAGCAAAAUGCAAGAGGACCAGGAGGAUCAGAAACUCCAGACUGGAGACAAGAAAGCAGAAGUCGAGGAAAUGGAGACGACGCCUGAAGAUGGCAAGCAGGAGAAGAAGAACGACCAGCCCCCUCAGGCCAAGAAGGCCAAAGUGAAAACAAAGACGGUGGAUCUGCCAGUCGAGAGCAAACUGCAGUGGCAGCUUUCCAGCCAGGAGCUGAACACCUUCGUGGAGAAUGAGGGGAAGAUGAUCAUGCAGGACAAGCUGGAGAAGGAGAGAAACGAUGCCAAGAAUAAUGUUGAGGAGUACGUUUACGACAUGAGGGACAAGCUGCACGGAGUCCUGGAGAAGUUUGUGAAUGAAGCUGAGCGAGAUGCAUUCUCAUUGAAACUCGAGGACACAGAGAACUGGCUGUACGAAGAAGGAGAGGACCAACAGAAACAAGUUUACAUCGACAAACUCGCUGAACUGAAGAAAAUUGGUCAGCCGAUUUACAACCGAUACAUGGAGGCUGAGGAGAGACCGAAAGCUUUUGAGGAGCUGGGCAGACGGAUCCAGAUGUACAUGAAGAUUGUUGAAGCCUACAAAGCUAAGGAGGAGCAGUAUAAUCACCUGGAUGAGACGGAGGUGACCCAGGUGGAUAAGCAGGUCAACGAAGCCAUGUCCUGGAUGAACAGCAAACUCAACCAGCAGAACAAUCACGACCUGGCGUUGGACCCAGUGGUCAAAGUUGGAGAGAUUCAGGCCAAAGCUAAGGAACUUUUUUCAUCCUGCAAUCCUGUGGUGUCAAAACCCAAGCCUAAGGUGGAGCUUCCAAAGGAAGAGAAAACGGAGAACGGGCCAGUCAACGGGCUGAGUCCCGAGUCUACAGAGACUGAACCGAGCAGCCCGACCAAGGCGACGCCAGCAGACUCAAAACAGGAAACGACGGAAAACAAGCUCCCAGAAAUGGACAUUGACUAACUGUGACCGCUGCCAAUCGACCUGACCGUGGUUCCUCUGAGGUCACUAUUGAUGACAGUGUAGCAGACGGCAGCAUACCCAAACCCAUUCUGUUCAUCCGUCUGCCUCCAUGGCAUGAGUUUUCUUAACCUUUUGAAUACAGAAAUAUUCAUAAUAAAUAACAUAAAAAAGGACUAGACAACCAACCGUUGAAUGAAGCUGCUUUCUCUGUGUUUGAUGGCUGUUCUUUUCCUGAGAUUGUUGCACAUUGAGUCUUAGAAUGUUUUCUGCUCUUCAGAGUUCAACACUUCCACAAGUAUGUAAAAUGUUCUUUAUCCAAAUCAGAUAAAUAUGGGUUUCAGUUGUGAAUGUUGAUGAGAGAAAUUUAUUUUUUUUCUAUAUAUUGAAGUUAGAAGUUACAUGUUACUGUCUUGCAGUAUUUUAUUUUGUUGUUUCUGUUUUUCUCAUCCAGAAAACCUUUGUCUGUUUUCAGUUUUGGUGGAUUUUUUUUUUUUCUAACUCGGGUGAUCGCUGGUCCAACAAAUAACCUUCUCGGGUGCUUCUGGUGUUGCAGCAUCACUGGCAAAAUAGGAUCUUUACUCAAAGAAUGAAAUAAACGGAGUUUAGUUUGACAGUGGUA